UGUUUCGUCGAUUUAUAGAUCCCAUAUCGCCGGCUGGCUUGUCGUGCUGGUUUAAUUAAUUUUUUAAAAUAAUUGUAAAAUUAAUAAAAAUACACCCAGAAUUUACAUUUUUUGUGUAAAUAACAUUAGAAAAGACAAGCCGUGUGAAGAUUUACAUUUCUAUUUAUAAAAAUACACAACAAUAAAACUGCAAAAUGUCUGUGAGGGAUCAAAUCAAAAUUGAUAUUGAAUGGGGCCAUGAACGUUUGGUGCGGGCCCAACAAGUGGUGGAAAUGCGUCCGUACGAUAUUGAGUCAUGGUCCACACUGUUGAGAGAGGCUCAACUUCGUCCCGUCAAUGAGGUGCGCAGUCUAUACGAGUCUCUGGUAAAUGUUUUCCCAACCACUGCCCGCUACUGGAAGAUCUACAUUGAACAAGAAAUGAAGGGCCGGAACUUUGAGCGCGUAGAAAAACUGUUUCAACGUUCGCUGGUAAAGAUUUUAAACAUCGAUUUGUGGAAAUUAUAUUUGACAUAUGUCAAGGAGACCAAGGCGGGCUUAAGUACACACAAAGAAAAACUGGCCCAGGCCUAUGAUUUUGCCUUGGAAAAAAUUGGCAUGGAUCUGCAUUCGUUUUCCAUAUGGCAGGAUUACAUCUCGUUUUUGAGAAGUGUGGAAGCUGUGGGCAGCUAUGCAGAAAAUCAAAAAAUCACCGCUGUCCGUCGCGUGUAUCAGAAAGCUGUCAUCACACCUAUUGUGGGUAUUGAACAGCUGUGGAAAGAUUAUAUCCAGUUCGAGCAUGGCAUAAAUCCCAUUAUUUCGGAAAAGAUGAGCUUGGAACGAUCCAAGGACUAUAUGAAUGCUCGCCGUGUCGCCAAAGAAUUAGAGAACAUAACAAAAGGUCUGAAUCGUAAUCUACCCGCCGUACCACCAAAUUUAUCUAAAGAGGAAACCAAACAAGUUGAACUCUGGAAAAAAUUCAUUGCCUUUGAGAAAUCCAAUCCUCUGCGAACUGAAGAUACCGCUUUGAUAACACGUCGUGUCAUGUUUGCCACGGAACAAUGUUUGCUGGUAUUGACACAUCAUCCAGCUGUUUGGCAUCAGGCUGCACAAUUUUUAGAUCAAAGCUCAAAGGCUUUGACCGACAAAGGAGAUACCCAAGCUGCCAAAAUAUUUGCGGACGAAUGUGCCAAUAUCUUGGAACGUUCCAUCAAUGGUGUACUGAACAAAAAUGCAUUGCUAUACUUUGCCUAUGCUGAUUUCGAAGAAGGACGCAUGAAAUAUGAUAAAGUUCAUGCCAUGUAUAACAGUUACUUGGCCAUUCCAGAUAUUGAUCCAACACUGGCCUAUGUCCAGUACAUGAAAUUUGCCCGCCGUGCCGAAGGCAUUAAAUCUGCACGUGCCGUCUUUAAGAAGGCCCGUGAAGAUGUACGUUCCCGUUAUCAUGUUUUUGUUGCUGCCGCCCUAAUGGAAUACUAUUGUUCCAAGGAUAAGGAUAUUGCUUUUCGUAUUUUCGAGCUGGGUUUGAAACGUUUUGGGGGUAGUCCAGAAUAUGUUAUGUGCUACAUCGAUUAUCUAUCGCAUUUGAACGAGGAUAACAAUACGAGAGUGCUGUUUGAGCGUGUGCUAUCUUCGGGCGGUCUAACCCCGCAACACAGUGUAAAUAUAUGGAAUCGAUUUUUGGAAUUUGAAUCGAAUAUUGGUGAUCUCUCGAGUAUUGUUAAGGUGGAGAGGCGGCGAAGUGCAGUGUUGGAAAAUCUAAAAGAAUAUGAAGGCAAGGAAACGGCCCAACUGGUGGAUCGUUAUAAGUUUUUGGAUUUGUAUCCUUGCACGACCAUAGAAUUAAGAUCCAUUGGUUAUACAGAGAAUGUUGGUAUAACCCUGAACAAGCUGCCCACGGCUGCCAUACCCGGUGCGCCAGUGGUCAAAGAAGAACCUGAAAAUGAACCUGCUGUGCAAUUACCCAAGCCUGACUUUUCGCAAUUUAUACCCUUUAAGCCCAAGGCCAAUGCCUAUCCCGGUGCCCAUCCCUUGGCUGGGGGUGUCUUCCCUCAACCCCCAGCAUUGGCGGCCUUGUGUGCCACCCUACCACCACCCAUUUGUUUUAGGGGUCCAUUUGUUUCCAUUGAAAUGUUGUUUGAUAUUUUCAAUCGCAUCAAACUGACAGAUGCACCCCCCUUACCCUCCGGAGAUCCUGGUUGUGACACCAAGAUCUUUGAUUUAGCCAAGUCGGUACACUGGAUUGUGGAUGAAAGUGUGUGCUCGGGCGAUGCAACGGCGGGCAUUAAACGACGUCGCAUGCUACCCGGUGGUGAUGACAGUGAUGAAGAAACACCCACGGCCGCCCCACCCGUCAAUGAUAUCUAUCGUCUAAGGCAACAGAAACGUUUUUCGAAGGUUUAAGAUACCCAUAACUAUUUGGGGAGGCGAAAAAAAAAAACAAAAACGUUUUUUUCCAUUUAAUUUAUUGUACAAUUGUUUUUUUUAUAAUUAUCCCAAGAUAUACAUACCUACAAACAUGCCUAUAUAUAAUAUUAUGAUACAGUUUAAUAAAGCAGAUACACAUUUUCCAAAAAA